AUGGUUCUCACCCCUGGCUGGCAUGUAUCUCUGAGGUUCAGAGGAUCUCAUUUCUGUGGAGCUGCCAUCCUCACCGACCACUGGCUUCUGACUGCUGCUCACUGCUUUUCUACUUCCACAGAAGAGUUCCUGCGCAGUGUGGAGGCCGUAGUGGGCGAGCAUGACCAGCGAGUGGUGGAUCGUUGGGAGCAGACAUUUGGUGUGAAGAAUGUGAUGCUUCAUGAGCAGUACCAUCAUACUCUUCCUAUGAACUAUGAUAUUGCCCUGCUGGAGCUGAAAGGACACAUCCACUUCAGCGACUUUGCUCAACCUGUAUGUCUUCCUCUUCCUGGUGAGAUCUUCCCACCAAAGACCACUUGCAUUGUUGCUGGAUGGGGACGGAUAAAAGAAAGAGGUCGGAUGGCUUCAGUUCUUCAUGAAGUACAGUUGAACCUGGUGGAUCCAGCCAUCUGCGAGCACAUUCUACAGACCAUCAGACCAGGCCUGCAAAACCUCACAGUGCUGUGUGCUGGACCAGAGAGAGGAGGGAAAGAUGCCUGCCAGGGGGACUCAGGUGGCCCUUUGCUGUGCCCACGGGCUGAUGGACAAUGGGUGGUGGUCGGAAUCACGUCUUGGGGCAAAGGAUGUGGACGCAACUGGAUCAACAACAAGAUGAAACCUCUGAUUGGAAGAAGCUCACCUGCAGUGUUCACUAACAUCCCAGUGUUCAUCAAAUGGUUGCUCCGGAAAGGUUUGCCUCAUCUCUGUUUUAGCAUAAAUGCAGUUGGGAGAAGAUUUUCAAUACAUGUGCAGUUUUUUUUUUAUUAGUUUCCCAUUUGAGUCAUAAUGUUCAUUCAGGAAGAAUAAUCUCCCACAAGUGUACAAGAGGGAGCUCUAAAAGGCAGUGAGGGAAUUAUACGAUACCCGGUUCACCCAGGCCAGAACUACAGUAACAAUGAGGCGUGCUCCUGGUCUAUCAGUGUACCAGGCAGCAAAAGAAUCCUGCUGGAAUUCUUGAAGUUUGACUUGGAGAACCACCCUCUGUGCCAAAGUGACCACCUCACUGUAUUCGCUGGUGAAGGCCUACCUAUAGGCCGAUUUUGUGGCAGCAAGUUCCCUGCACCAGUACUCAUACACUCCAACACCACCACACUUCAAUUCAUGUCUGAUUUCAGCGUCUCAGGCUCAGGCUUCUCCCUCCGCUUCAGAGCCGUCGAAGACAACUACACUUUGGGGACAGCUUUGCCUCCUGAGACCUCCAAACACAACACCAAACUGUGUUUGUAUUGCAUGCAAACUGGCAUUGUCUGCUGGGAGAUGAGUGAGUGUGUGUGCUCUGUGCUCGACCAUGCCUGGAUCCACCAAUGCCUCUCCUUUUGUGUUUGUUCAGGGCCAGGCUGCGGCACAGUGGCACUGUUUCAAUCCCCGGUGGCCAUGCAGAGCCCUGACUACCCACGAUCCUAUGGCGACGACACCCACUGCCGCUGGGUAAUCUAUGUCCCAGAGGGUUAUGUAGUCAAGCUCGACUUCGCUGACUUUGUCUUGGAGGAGUCUGAAGGGUGUCAGUAUGACUCGCUGUCUGUAUUCAGAGACUUUGAAGCCAGAGAACAAAUUGUGGUCUUGUGUGGUCAGAGCAUUCCUCCCCCGGUGUUGAGUUUUGGCAGGGUGAUGGUUGUGCAGUUCAUGACGGAUAGCAGUGUAUCUGCCCGCGGCUUCAGCGCUAAUCUAUCAGUCAUCAGCAAAAAGGGUGAGUGUGUCAACGGAUACAAACAUGCAGAGCUGGUGCUCAUCUUACAGCCAACAACACAACUCACACACCCACACCCACACCAUGUACAUAUUACAAAUACGCUUGUGAAGCAAUCGAUCUACAGUGGCAGGUCAAUUCGUAGUAGAUUGACACACCUCCAAAAUGGAGAGCAUGAAGACCUGGAUGAAGAAGAAAAUGACGACAGCGGCCUCCUCCGUCUGUAG